CUUCCUGGACCCUUGCACACAGUAUCCAACUCUCCUUGACGUUUCCGAAUCAAGCUGGCAAAGCCCAAAACCUUGUCUUCCUUCUCUUCACUCGUUCCUCUCCCUUCUCCUUCAAAGUUUUUCUGUCUCUGCUACUUCCUCUGUCUCUCUCUCCUUAUCUCUUCCAUUUCUUCAUCCCCACCACCAUGCCGGAGGAAAGAGCUGUUGUAGCAUGGUGCAAAAUCCCCACUUUGAACAGCUCUCACUGCUCCUCCGACGACCAUCUGCCGCUAUGGAAGAACAACAUCAGUACCCUCACUCUCACUCGCGGUGGCAUUCCUUGUAAAUUCGCUUGCGUUUCUGUGGCAGAAAGGAAAUUGGACAAGGAGUUCUUUCCCAGUCCUGCUCAGCUCUUGAAGCAUCCGCUUGCUAUAGUCGCACUCGUGCCCAAAGACGCAGCGCUUUUCCUCGCCGGCGCCGUCGCCGGCGCUGCUGCCAAGACCGUCACUGCUCCGCUUGACCGUAUCAAAAUUCUUAUGCAGACACAUGGAGUGCGAGUUGGGCAAGAGAGUGCUAAAAAGGCGAUUAAUUUUAUCGAGGCUGUAACAGUUAUAGGAAAGGAAGAAGGCAUUAAAGGUUACUGGAAGGGUAAUCUCCCCCAGGUUAUUCGGGUGAUUCCUUAUAGUGCCGUCCAGCUUUUUGCUUAUGAAAUUUAUAAGAAAUUGUUCAGGCGAAAGGAUGGUGAGCUAUCUGUUGUUGGAAGACUUGCAGCAGGUGCUUGUGCUGGCAUGACGUCUACUUUUGUAACAUAUCCAUUAGACGUCCUGAGAUUACGAUUAGCAGUUGAACCAGGCUAUCAAACCAUGUCACAGGUUGCCUUGAGCAUGCUAAGAGAGGAAGGUUUGGCAUCAUUCUAUUAUGGCCUCGGGCCUUCUCUUAUUGGAAUAGCUCCUUAUAUUGCAGUAAACUUUUGUGUUUUUGACUUAUUAAAGAAGUCUUUGCCAGAAAAGUAUCAAAAGAGAACUGAAACAUCUCUCAUCACAGCUGUGCUUUCUGCAUCUCUUGCCACCCUUACAUGCUAUCCUCUGGACACUGUACGGAGGCAAAUGCAAUUGAGGGGCACACCUUAUAAGACAGUUUUAGAUGCCCUUUCAGGUAUUGUGGCACGCGAAGGAGUUAUCGGCUUGUAUCGGGGCUUUGUACCCAAUGCUUUGAAAACCCUACCAAACAGCAGCAUCAGGCUUACUACAUAUGACUUCAUUAAACGCGUAAUUGCAGCUAGUGAGAAAGAGUUUCAGAUAAUCACAGAGGAGAAUCGCCAGAAACAAAACUAGACAAAUGAAUAUUGAAGUUGAUCAUCGGAUUCAAUUUUGUUGAAGGCAUUUUUGUCCUCCAAAAUUUUUGGUGGAAUUAGUACUCCCUGAAAAUCAUUCAUUAUUUAUGAAAAUUAGCUUAAUGAGAAUUCACAUGCUCUGUUUUGUUGUUUUUUAGGGGUUAUUUCUUAUUAUGCUUAGUGAGAUAUCGGACAUUCUCAUACUGUCUCUAGGAAUUGUUAAUUUUAUAGGAUAUACAUUUCUACCUGGCACCUUGUAAGUUUUAUUCUUGUAUUGAAUUCAUCAUGAGCUGUAUUUAUUUGCUCUGGAAUUUUGUAUGCCGUGUAAAAUAGUAGAUUUUCAUGCCUGUUCUUAUGUU